AUGAGAGUCGGGGCACUCCCUGUGGUGGGCGGCGACCGCCGCAUACCGUCCUACGGCGGGGACUAUCGCUACGCCAGGGAAGACAAGGGCGUUGAAGUGCAGCUGUUGCUGUUCGAAUCGUUCGGCGGGUUCGGAAAGGGGGUCCGUGAGAUCCUCCGGAAGGCGGCGAACGUGCUGCAGAACAAGCUGACGCGGGCCCAGUACCUCGAUGAGGAGUCGCUUAGGCGGCUCCAGUGGUGUACCUGUGUUAGUGCCAGCGGCUCCCGUGGUGUACCUGUGUUAGUGCCAGUGCGCGCCAGUCCCGUGCCCACAGUGUUUGCCAGUGCGCGCCAGUCCCGUGCCCAGUGUGGGUUUCUAAAAUUCUUUUUCUGGGCUGCUGGUUGUGAUCGCUUUGCUCUCGCGCCGGUGCACUCAAUGCCGAAGCGCGAUCGCGAGCAGGACGAUCCGUGGGGUGUUCUCGUGCCUCACAACCCGCUGUGCGGAGCUCCCGUCCCGCUCUGCAGUCCGACGGUCGUCAUCGGCCGCGAGGGUGAUGUCACUGCGCCGUGCAAUCCGCAUCUCUCGAGGCAGCACAUCCGGCUCGAGCGAGACGCGGCCGGCGCCGUCUACGCCACGCACCUCUCGGCGACGAAUCGGACCUACCUCAACGGCCGCCAACUAGCGCGCGACGUUGCGGUCCGUGUCGAGCCAGACCAGGGCAACGCCCCGUUUUCUCUUCCCGGUGAGGCGGCGGACGCGCCGCUGCUGUUUGCGUCCUGGCGGAACGCGGAGGAGGCGCGCGCGGCGCUGGCGGACGAGCACGUCCGCGGGUGGUGCGGUUGGACCCUCCGCUUCGACGACAGCGGCCAAGAAACGCACGGAGGCGGCUCCGCCGCCGCCGCCGCCAAGAAGAUGGCAUGA